CGGCACAUGAUGAUUCACACUGGUGAAAAGCCGUUUUCUUGUGUGAGCUGUGGAAAAAGUUUUAGUCAUAAACAGCAUUUAUCUCAGCACAUGAUGAUUCACACUGGUGAAAAGCCUUUUUCAUGUGUGAACUGUGGAAAAAGUUUUAGUCAUAAACCGACUUUAACUCAGCACAUGAUGAUUCACACAGGUGAAAAGCCUUUUUCAUGUGUGAACUGUGGAAAAAGUUUUACUCAAAAACAGACUUUAACUCAGCACAUGAUGAUUCACACUGGUGAAAAGCCGUUUUCAUGUGUGAGCUGUGGAAAAAGUUUUAUUCAAAAACUGCAGUUAACUCAGCACAUGAUGAUUCACACUGGUGAAAAGCCGUUUUCAUGUGUGAGCUGUGGAAAAAGUUUUAGUCAAAAACAGCAGUUAACUCAGCACAUGAUGAUUCACACUGGUGAAAAGCCGUUUUCAUGUGUGAACUGUGGAAAAAGUUUUAUUCAAAAACUGCAUUUAACUCAGCACAUGAUGAUUCACACAGGUGAAAAGCCUUUUUCAUGUGUGAACUGUGGAAAAAGUUUUAGUCAUAAACCGACUUUAACUCAGCACAUGAUGAUUCACACUGGUGAAAAGCCGUUUUCAUGUGUGAACUGUGGAAAAAGUUUUACUCAAAAACAGACUUUAACUCAGCACAUGAUGAUUCACACUGGUGAAAAGCCGUUUUCAUGUGUGAACUGUGGAAAAAGUUUUAGUCAUAAACAGCAUUUAUCUCAGCACAUGAUGAUUCACACUGGUGAAAAGCCAUUUUCAUGUGUGACUUGUGGAAAAAGUUUUAUUCAAAAACUGCAUUUAACUCGGCACAUGAUGAUUCACACUGGUGAAAAGCCGUUUUCUUGUGUGAGCUGUGGAAAAAGUUUUAGUCAAAAACAGACUUUAACUCAGCACAUGAUGAUUCACACUGGUGAAAAGCCAUUUUCAUGUGUGACUUGUGGAAAAAGUUUUCCUAAUAAACAGAAUUUAACUCAGCACAUGAUGAUUCACACUGGUGAAAAGCCAUUUUCAUGUGUGACCUGUGGAAAAAGUUUUCGUUACAAAGUUAGUUUAACUCACCACAUGAAGCAUCACACAGGUGAAAAGCUAUAGAAGUAUUUUCCAUACAUGAUCCACACAGUGGUUUUAUGGAGACUUCACCUACUGUAUGUGAAAGCUUUUUGCACGUUUUUGAUGAGAAAGUUGGUUCUAUUAAGGCCCAGAUCAUUCCCUCUGCUUAAGACCUUUCAGUCGUUGUGCGUUGUUCUGCUGUUUUACAGCUUUGAAUGUGUUACUUUGCAGUUAUUGCAGGAGGUGGUUGGUCACUUAAGGCCAACUGGUUCUCCAGAUGAUGUUAUUCCACCCCAAUUAUUUAAAGAUGUUUUUCUUACUAUAGGUCCUUCUGUCCUUGUUCUUGUAAAUAACAGCUUGUCCUCAGGUGUUGUUCCUAAAAUUCUGAAACAUGCAGUUUUGCAGCCUCUACUUAAGAAACCAAUUUUGGAUCCUUCUGUUCUGGUGAAUUAUAGACCUACCUCUAAACUGCCUUUUAUUUCAAAAAUUCUUGAGAAGGUAGUCUAUAAUCAGCUAAUGGCUUAUCUUAAUGAACAUAACAUUUUAGAGGUCUUUCAGUCCUGUUUUAGACCAUUUCAUAGCACAGAGUCAGCUCUUUCUAAAGUUUUUAAUGAUAUACUUUUAGCAACUGAUUCUGGUGACUGUGUUUUUUUGAUGCAGUUGAUCAUGGCAUCUUACCUUUUAGUUUGGAACAGUGGGUGGAUUUUCAAUUAUUUGCUUUUUUCUCUAGUUCUAGCUGUAAUGUUUAGCCUUUUUUCUGCUGAAGCAUUAAGAUUACUGUCUUUAUGUUGAAACUAUUUUUAUGUUUAUAUGUAUUUUAGAAAGAAAUAAACAUGUAACAUUUCAUUUAAGAUGAAAAGUUU